CACGACGCGACAGGCUGUGGUCGGCGUGUUGCGCAUGCGCAUGGGACGUCACCGGCCGGACGUUGAGCGAGAAACCUCUAGAGAGAGAAGACACCGGGGUGACUCCGGGUGUGUUGAGACUGGCAGCUGGAAAUUUGGCGCAAGGAAUUUGAACAUUUGACUUGGAUUAAAAAUGGGGACUCCUGGAUCUGGAAGGAAACGUACCCAAACUAAAGACAGAUUCUCUGCAGAAGAUGAAGCCCUGAGUCACAUUGCGAGAGAGGCAGAGGCAAGGCUGGCAGCAAAGAGGGCAGCGCGGGCAGAAGCAAGAGAUAUCCGCAUGAGAGAGCUGGAGCGACAACAGAAAGAGCUCAGCCAUCGCUAUGAUAGAAAAUGGGGCCAGAUUCAAAAAUGGAUGGAGGAUUCCGACCGGGCCAGGUACUCUCACCGGUCCAGUCAGCGUCCUUAUCUGAAUUCAUCCAUAGAUGUGAGUUGCCUAAACAAGGGCAGCACUUCCAGGAGGAAAGAUCUGGUGUCUGAUAUACUGAAGGAUAGAUCUUCGAAGUCAAGCAGACACGGCUCAUCUUAUGAUUUGACAAAGGAUUUAUCCAGGAGAAGUGUCCUCCCCAGUCAUUCCUACAACUCUUAUGGAAGCAAGAACAAAUCCUCUGUAUCCAGUAGAGACUUACUGAGUGGACUUUAUCAUGACCAGAGAAACUAUAGCAGCCUUAAGUAUACCAAGCCCACCUCCACCUACCACACACGGUCCUCUUCUCUGUACAGUGACCCUAUUGCCGUUUCUAGGAUUUCCAGGACUUCUCCAAAGCUAAGCACUAGUUUGGCUCGAAGUGCCAGCUCGACCUCCCUCUAUGAAGAUGGCGUUACUAACUCGUACGCUACCAGAACUCAGCCGUCUGAGUGUAGCUACCGUUCCUCUAGAGCCAGCUCGACAAGAAGCAGUCCUGUGGUGAGCGCUCCUGCUGCAUGGUCUACAGAUGAUGAGGGAUCCGUGUCCUCUUAUAGUGCUGGACGGGGACGCAGGGAUAGCGUGUUAUCAGACUUUUCUGACCAGAGCGAAUCUGCAGCGGAUUACUUUAGUCGCUCCAAUCGUAGGGGAAGUAUUGUGUCUGAUAUCAGCCUCCCAGAUCUCAAUAAUCAGGAUGAGAAAAGUGACAAGCAUUACUCUGAAGGUUAUUCCAGGCCAUCGUCUCGUAAUGCAACCACUGGACUUCCAGGAACGUUUACACCACUGAGCGGGUCGUCUUCUCGAAGAGGCAGUGGAGAUGCAAGUAGUUUAAUAGAUCCAGAUGCUUCUCUAAGUGAACUACGGGAUAUCUAUGAUCUUAAGGACCAGAUUCAAGAUGUAGAAGGGAGAUACAUGCAGGGGCUAAAAGAACUAAAGGACUCUUUAGCAGAAGUGGAAGAGAAAUAUAAGAAAGCUAUGGUAUCGAAUGCCCAGCUUGAUAAUGAAAAAGGCAAUCUUGUGUAUCAAGUGGACACAUUGAAGGAUGUCAUUGAGGAAAUGGAGGAACAGAUGGCAGAGUAUCAUAGAGAAAAUGAAGACAAGUCAAAGGAAUUGGAAAGACAGAAACAUGCGUGCAGCGUUCUCCAACACAAGUUAGAUGAACUGAAGGAAGGGAUUCGCCAAAGAGAUGAAUUUAUAGAGGAAAACCAGCGUUUGCAGCAGAAAGUAGACUCUCUAACCAGAGAGGUGUAUGAUCUGCAGGAAACGGUUAACUGGAAAGAUAAAAAGAUUGCGGCGCUAGAGAGACAAAAAGAGUACUUUGACUGCAUUAGAAAUGAGCGAGAUGAGCUGAGAGAUGAGCUGGCUGAUGUGAAAGGAAAGAUGAAGAUAGGAGAGAAACACGGUUUAGUUAUUAUUCCAGAUGGUACUCCUAAUGGUGAUAUCAACCACGAGCCAGUGGUUGGGCAAAUAACUGUUGUAUCCCAAGAAGCUGCACAAGUUUUGGAAUCUGCUGGAGAAGGUCCACUUGAUGUUAGGCUGCGGAAGCUGGCGGAUGAGAAGGAUGAGCUUGUAUCACAGAUAAGGAAAUUAAAGCUGCAGCUUGAUGAAGAGCGUCAUAAGAAUGUUAGAAACGAUACCUCGAAAGACUCCGCAGGACUGGAAAAUGGUUCUGAUCUACAGCUGAUUGAAAUGCAGAGGGAUGCCAAUAGACAAAUUAGUGAAUUCAAGUUCAAACUUUCAAAAGCGGAACAAGAUAUAACUACUCUAGAACAGAACGUUCUUAGGCUUGAAGGACAAGUGUUGAGAUAUAAAUCUGCAGCAGAAAAUGCAGAAAAGGUAGAAGAUGAACUUAAAGCAGAAAAGAGAAGACUUCAGAGAGAGCUUCGGACUACUCAGGACAAAAUGGAAGAGAUGGAGAUGACAAACAGCCACUUAGUGAAAAGGUUAGAGAAGAUGAAGGCCAACCGGAACGCACUUCUGUCUCAGCAGUAAAGAGGAUGACACACAACAACGUAAUGCACUGCUCCACAAAACAAUGCGCCUUCACUUGGUCUCCUACUAUAGACAUUCUUCUUCGCACUCUUGGUGCAUAUUCUGGCUGAGCCUGCCGGAUUCUUGACAGCAGAGUGACUUGUCAAUCUUUAAUUUAUGAGAGGAGUGAAGAACUAGUAUUAACCCAUUAAUACGCCUUCAUGAUUUCUCCUUUUCAGCUCGCUGAUUUGGGUAGAUUUCUGAUUUGAGGCGCAACACGCUGGAUUCCUUGUUUUUCAUAGGAUAUUAUUUUCCCUCACAUUGUUAUAAUCAACUUUACUCACACUCAUUUCUUUUUGUGGUUUGCUGCUUACCUCUGCUGGUGAACUGAAACUACUGCAUGAAGAGGAAUAUCUGCCAUGAAUAAUGCCUAUUCAAUACUGUACUGAUGCUGAACAGAUUGCGCCAGGCCCCUUCCCUGCAUAAAGUAGUCAUGGAUUCAUGGACAUGCAUUAUACUUGCCAAACGUGUAUAUCAAAGAGGAAAUCUCACAUGGAGAGCCUUCUGCUGAGCAAGUGCCCAGACCAGUUAUUAUGUGUCUAAUGUUGUCACAUAUCGAACUAGAGAUCAGCAGGGAAGGGGUUAAAAACGCCAAGUGCCUUCCUCACUGUAAUUUCAGCUAAUUGCUGUUCAAAGCUAUCCAUUGGAAUUAUGCUAACACUCGUUGUUGGGAACCUUACAGUUUGGGGGGGGGGGGGGGGGGGAAGAGAAUGUGCAUUCAUUAAACUUUAUACAUUUUGAACAAAAAAUACUUUUUGUAAAAAAUAUUUUAAUUUGUAUACAAAUUGUAUAACACCAGACAGGGACUGUAUAUUCUUUUAUUGCAUGGGUGAUGGCAUAACUGGUAAUAGUAUUUUAAUGAGAUGAUUUGGCUAACAUUACAAAUCGGACCCAUUCAGUAUGUCAGAUGGAUUUUGAUGUACAAUGUAAAAUUUAUAAUCUGUUGCUCGAGUGAAGCUAAUAGACUAAGCAAAUUGCCGGGGACCUAUUAAAUGGAGACUUUAAUGGUCGUGUCAUUGUUAAAGUUUCUAAUUUCAUAUUUAUUUAGGAUUAUCUUACCAACAAUUUCUUUGCAGACCAGAAAAAAAUGUUAAAGCAUGAGAAAAGGGCUAAUUUAUACCUACAAUUUUAUUUUCAAAGAAAGUUUAUUGCAAAAAAAAAUGUACCCAAUUAAACUGCUCACUUCAAACAGGUAA